CCUGGCUCCUCGUGACGUAGAUGAGAGAAAAGCUCCUUUGGCCGCGGCGCGAGACAAGAAGAUUAUUAGUCCACACGCAGAGAGAGAGAGAGGGGGAGAGCAAGAGUAAGGGUGCUUGUUUCGUCCCGGCUUCAGAGGAGGAGUAGCCCACUUGUCUGUGUCUGUAUGAAGUGUGUUAACUGCCUGUACAGCACCCAGUAGGUGAGCUCAGGUUGUUUGGAGCUGCUCCGUCGGACCGAGCGUCUUUUUUUUUUCUUUUUAAAUUCAGGAAGAAGAGAAGGGAGAGUAAGUCAUGGACAAAGGAGGAGCAUUAAAAAGAAGUUAGCGCCUACAGUAAAGUCACCUUUAGGAGAAACGCCUCGGGAAGAAGACGAAGAAGCGUCCGGAGAGGAAAGAGGGGCAGGAUGGGGAUGGAUUUCAGCACUCUUCGGACCCUCAUCAGCAGAUAUUGUGUUGGUGAGGAGAACUGGGUGGACAGCAGGACGAUUUACAUUGGACACAAGGAGCCUCCUCCAGGAACGGAGGCCUUUAUACAACAAAGAUUCCCCGACAACAGAAUAGUCUCCUCCAAGUACACAUUUUGGAACUUCAUCCCAAAGAAUAUGUUCGAGCAGUUUAGGAGAGUCGCCAACUUCUACUUUCUCAUCAUAUUUCUGGUUCAGUUGAUCAUCGACACUCCCACCAGUCCAAUCACCAGCGGGCUGCCGCUCUUCUUUGUCAUCACAGUCACCGCCAUCAAACAGGGUUAUGAGGACUGGUUGAGACACAAAGCAGACAACUCUGUCAACCAGUGUCCCGUGCAUGUGGUGCAGCACGGGAAAGUGGUCCGCAAACAAAGCCGCAAGCUCAGGGUUGGAGAUGUCGUCUUGGUGAAAGAAGAUGAGUCUUUUCCCUGCGACCUCAUCCUUCUCUCCACAUCUCGAGAUGAUGGGACCUGCUAUGUGACCACAGCCAGUCUGGACGGAGAGAGUAGCCACAAGACGUACUAUGCAGUUCAGGACACCAAAGCUUACAUCACAGAGAAGGAGGUGGACUCCAUCCAUGCUACUAUAGAAUGUGAACAACCACAGCCGGACCUGUACAAAUUCGUGGGUCGCAUCAACUUCUACAUGGACAAUGAGCCAGUUGCAAGGCCAUUAGGAGCAGAGAACCUGCUGCUCCGAGGAGCCACACUCAAGAACACGGAGUACAUCUAUGCGGUUGCCAUCUACACAGGCAUGGAAACCAAGAUGGCUCUCAACUACCAGUCCAAGUCUCAGAAACGGUCUGCAGUGGAAAAGUCAAUGAAUGCCUACCUGGUGGUCUACCUGUGUAUCCUCAUCAGCAAGGCUCUCAUCAACACGGUGCUGAAAUAUGUGUGGCAGGCCGACUCCAAGAGAGACGAGCCGUGGUACAACGAGAGGACAGAGGCAGAGAGACAGAGACACAUCGUGAUCAGGGCAUUCACAGACUUCUUGGCCUUCAUGGUUCUUUUCAACUACAUCAUCCCCGUCUCCAUGUAUGUCACAGUGGAGAUGCAGAAGUUUCUGGGCUCCUAUUUCAUCAUGUGGGACGAUGAGAUGUUUGACGAGGAGCUGGGAGAGAGAGCUGUGGUCAACACGUCGGACCUGAACGAGGAGCUGGGACAGGUGGAGUACGUGUUUACAGACAAGACAGGGACUCUGACAGAGAACAACAUGGAGUUCAUCGAGUGCUGUGUGGACGGACAUGUUUACGUACCUCAUGUUAUCUGUAACGGACAGGUGAUGCCUGGUGCAGCAGGUAUGGACAUGAUCGACACAUCGCCAGGUCCCGGGGCCAGGGAACACGAGGAGCUGUUUUUCCGGGCGCUAUGUUUGUGCCACACAGUGCAGGUGAAGGAGGAGGAGACGGUGGAUGGGAUCAAGCACGGCAUCCACCAGGGCAAGUCCACCUCCUUCUACAUCUCCUCAUCUCCAGACGAGGUGGCGCUGGUGGAGGGCAUGAAGAGGCUCGGUUUCACCUAUCUGAGACUCAAGGACAGUCACAUGGAGAUCUUGAACAGGGAGGAUGAGAUUGAGAGGUUUGAGCUGCUGGAGGUUUUGACAUUCGACUCAGUCAGACGGAGGAUGAGCGUCAUUGUCAGGUCCAACACUGGUGAGCUUUAUCUGUUCUGUAAAGGUGCAGACUCCUCCAUCUUCCCCAGGGUUAUAUCAGGCAAGGUGGAACAGGUCAGAGCUCGGGUGGAGCACAACGCAGUGGAGGGUCUGAGGACACUUUGUGUUGCCUAUCGUCCCCUGAGCCCUGAACAGUACCAGGAGGUUUGCCACCUGCUGAACGGGGCCAAGUUGGCACUUCAGGACCGAGACAAACGCCUGGCCGAGGCCUACGACCUCAUUGAGAAAGACCUGAUACUGCUGGGAGCCACUGCUGUGGAGGACAGGCUCCAGGAAAAAGCGGCAGACACCAUUGAGUCUCUCCACAAGGCAGGUAUGAAGGUGUGGGUGCUGACAGGGGAUAAGAUGGAGACGGCAGCUGCGACCUGCUACGCCAGCAAGCUGUUUCACCGCAACACCCAGAUCUUGGAGCUGACCACCAAACGCACUGAGGAGCAGAGUCUUCAUGACGUCCUGUUUGACCUGAGCAGGACUGUGCUGCGGCAGCAUGGAGGCAUGACCAGGGACACCUUCUCUGGUUUAUCAGGUGACUGUACGGACUACGGACUGAUCAUCGAUGGAGCCACGCUCUCUGCGGUGAUGAGGCCCGCCCAGGAGGACUCCAACUCAGGGAACUACAAAGAGAUCUUCCUAGAAAUCUGCCGUAACUGCAGCGCCGUGCUCUGCUGUCGAAUGGCACCGCUCCAGAAAGCACAGAUUGUGAAGCUGAUCAAAGCCUCCGAGGAGCACCCAAUCACGCUGGCCAUUGGAGAUGGAGCUAAUGAUGUCAGCAUGAUCCUAGAGGCCCAUGUUGGCAUUGGUAUCAUGGGUAAGGAGGGUCGACAGGCGGUGAGGAACAGUGACUACGCCAUCCCAAAGUUCAAACACCUCAAGAAGAUGCUGCUCGUCCACGGACACUAUUACUACAUACGCAUCUCUGAACUCGUGCAAUACUUCUUCUACAAGAAUGUCUGUUUCAUCUUCCCCCAGUUCCUGUACCAGUUCUUCUGUGGCUUCUCACAACAACCGCUGUAUGACACAGCCUACUUGACUCUGUACAACAUCAGCUUCACCUCGCUGCCCAUUCUGCUCUACAGUCUCAUAGAGCAGCACAUUAACAUGGACAUCCUGAAGAAGGACCCAACUCUCUACAGAGAUAUUGCGAAGAACUCUCUGCUGCGGUGGCCCAUCUUCAUAUAUUGGACCAUCCUGGGUGUGUAUGACGCCAUUGUGAUGUUCUUCGGUGCUUAUUUCCUGUUUGACAACACCACCUUCACCAGCAACGGACAGAUGUUUGGAAACUGGACAUUUGGCACACUGGUCUUCACUGUGCUCGUCUUCACUGUUACAUUCAAGCUGGCUCUAGAUACUCAUUACUGGACCUGGAUCAACCAUUUUGUCAUCUGGGGCUCGCUGAUCUUCUUUGUGGUCUUCUCUCUGCUGUGGGGAGGAAUCAUCUGGCCCUUCCUCAACUACCAGAGGAUGUAUUAUGUGUUCAUGCAGAUGUUGUCCAGUGGUCCGGCCUGGCUCAGUAUAAUCCUUCUGAUAACAGCCAGUCUGCUGCCAGAUGUGUUAAAGAAGGUCAUCUGGAGGGCGCUGUGGCCCACCACAACCGAACGCAUACAGAAUGCUGAUAAACUCUACAAGGGCCAGCUGUCCGAGUUCACCCCCCUGGCGUCUCUCCAUGCCCCAUCCAAAGCUGGCAGCCACCGGCGAGGCUCGGGCAACCAAAGGAACGCCCCGAACCCACGAAGGUCUGCACCCUUUACCAAGAAAAUCAUGUUCACACGCUGGCAAAAAACGCCAGACUACAGCACCUUCACCCCUCUCCUCCGAUUCGCCGAUGGCUCCCGUCACACAAAGCGGGGACACGCCUACAGCGGGGCGGGGCCUGAGACCUCAGUUUAAUUUAUUUCUGUCGGGUGUUUUUCUAGUCUUAUAAUUCUGAUAUCAGAUAGAACAGCAUCAAUAAACUGGUCCAGAAGCUGAUCAGGUCUCUGGAAAGUAAAGUUGCCCAAAAGUAACUGGUGUAGUUACGUUACUGGAGUCAAAUAACUGACUAUGUUGCUAAUAGCAGGUAAUCCAGCUGUAAGGGAUUACAAUGAAAGUGACCUUUACAACUGCUCCCGAGUCAGCAGCCAAGUACGGCACAAAGCACUAUGGGACGGCUCUGGGAAGGACUCCAUCCAAAGGGCCUCACUCGCCGCCACAAUGUGCAAAGGGCUCAGCGUAUCGAUGUCACAACAAACAAACAAACAAGAAUCAAGAGCUUUGAUUUCUUAAAUCACUGAAAAUGUGUGCACUGGCCCUUUAAGGCUGCCUGGCUUCGACAGUUGGCAGCUGAAGUGUACUUGACGAGUGUACUUUUUAAAAAACAGUUAUGAUGUGUUGUGAUUGUGCUGCUGCUGCUGAUGAUGAUGAUGAUGAUGAGGACAGUAACAGUGCUUAAGCCAACUCCAGCUUUCUCUGACCAAACAUUUUCUUUUCUUCAUUCCUACCAUCUCUCUUUAUCUCUCUCUCUCUCUGUCUGUCCUGCCUCUUUUCAGGUGUAACUGGUGUUGCCUGUGUGCAAACAUAUUAUCCCGAAAUACUCCCUAGGACUCUACAACAUUGUAAGGAGGGGUGUAGUAGAGCAGUAAAGCCUAAGUGUUGGAGAGGUGGAUCUGAGUCGGCCUUUUUCCUGAUUCACAAGUCAGUGUAUGUUAUGUCCUAACGAAAGAAAGACCGACUUUAGCUGCACAUCCAACACUUAAGCUUUCACCUGUAGGUAGUCUGGAGUCAUUGAAACAGAUGUGUGUGUGUAUAUGUGCUAAUAGCUAGCAGUCAUGUCACUGUGUAUGUCGCGUUUAUCUCGGCAGGAUCCCCGUCUUUCUUAUUGUCUUUAAAGCACUUUAACUCUCAACCUUCUUCUUAUAUGUAUCUGUAACGCUAUAUACAGAGACUAAUCUAAGUUUUUAUGGCUUUGAAAUGACAGAAAUAGAACAAAUGGCUACAUGAUGGCUUCCCAGCUGUUUCUCAAUGCCUUAAAUCACCUUGUAAAUACCACAUUGUCCUCCACAGAGACCUUCUACCAAAGAAACAGAAAGACAAUGUGACAACUGAUGGAUAUAGUGUAGUGCUGGGUAAAGUGUGUGACCUGUACGUCAAUGUACACACUCAUGGUUCUGUAAAACACGUUAAAUGAGAGUGGCCACCACAAAGAAUAUUACAUUUAGUAAACGCCAUUAACCUUUUCACGCAUGAAUUAUUCAAUCAAGUAAGUAUAAUUAAUGCAUGAAAUGGUUUUUAAUAUGGUGAUAGAAAAAUACAGUCUAAAUCUGAUGUUUGAAAUGUGGGGUGCAUGUCAGCUGUCGAGCUUUGGGGGCUAAAUUGCAUACUGUUUUACCUUACUUAUGUUUACUUUCCUCAAAGCACCUUAAAAGAUAGCACGUCCUUACUGAGAUAAUCACAACACAACAGAAGGAUUCCAUCAAGUGCCCCAAACUACUUGUCGCCUUAAAUCGAUAUGCAGUUACUGGGAGAUUCGAUCAAUUUGACAUGCAGCCAUUUGUUGAUGAGAACACAGUGUGAAGUUGGAGAUCUCAGCCUCUUAGCUUAGCUUAGCUUAGCUUAGCUUAUCAUAAAGACUGGAAGCAGGUCCACUUAGCAGCACCUCUAUAGCUGGUAAUUUCCCAAAUGUCAAACUAUUUCCAGAGGUAUGCAUUGAUAAGCUAGAUGAUACCCAUUCAUUUAUUUUAGUAUUUUAGUUUACAGCAUCUAAUAGCUCCAUGUUAAUGCUCUUACAAGCCUUAUGAUGUUGUUAAAAGACUCUAAUGUGAUUCUCUACCUUGAAAAGAGCCUUUGCAGUGCAUUGAAUUUUGUCUGCUUCAUCUUUUAUCCUCUCUCUUUCUUUCUAGCCAUCUCUCUCUUUCUCUCUUUCUUUUAUUCUUUCUCUGGUGAAGUGGAAGUUUUCCUACCUCUGUGAGAGCCACCCGUCUGAUCAUCAUCAUCCUAACGUGUCUCCCCUUCUACAUCUUCUUCAUUCAUCCAUCCAUCUAUCAUUGUAAGACAGAGUAGAAAUGAUGUUUUUUAUUCUACUUUUAUUACUUCUAUGAACCAAAGCCUUGUUGCUGCUAGAGAUACUUUUAGCUGCUUUAAUAUUAGGUGCCUUGUUGUAGUUUCUUUGUCUCUGCUGAACUGUCUUUGCUCGCUUUAUGGUAACUUUACACCUAAUAUUAGACUUCUGGAUCGUGUAAAAGCACCGCAGAUGAUGUAUGAACGGAUACGUGACUGAGAGAAUGGAUAUGUGAGUGAAAAGGUGAAUGUAAAAAAUCAGUUUUACACAGGUUAUCCUGUCCAAGGAACAAACACAGCACUAAAAUAUUACAAAUGAUGCACAAUCAGUGAACAAAUAAUUACUUAUUGCACCAAAACAUUCAAGUUAUGUUUAAUAUCUGUUUUUUAUUGUUUAUAUUCCAAAUGUUUUAUAUAUGUCCAGGAGGGCAUCUGUCUCAAAAUGUUAUUUUUAUUGUUUUCUAUUGCGUGCAAUGUGUAAAAUUCCCCUUUACCACAUUAGUGAGUGAAGGUCUCACUGAGCGGUCAGAGCACACUGGAAAUAUCUCAGUCUGAUGUGAUGUUAAUCUUUACUUUAAUAAGACCUCGGAUCUAUCAAUGUUACAAACUGAGUUUUUCUUUACUAAUUAUUCAGUGUAUUUUUCCUUUUAAUUUAACAUCUCUGACUUCUCAGAAUUCUGGUUUUCUAUUUCAAUGUUUAUGUAAAAAUAAUGGUAAAGCAAAGGGGUUCUUAUACUGUUGUGGUAAAAUGCACAGAAUUUCAUCCUUCAAUUUGAAUAUUAAAGGGUCAUUUCACCCAAAUUACACAAGAAAAAAAAGCACAUUUUCUCACCUGUCAUGGUAUCUGGCCUUGCAGAUUGGAAAUUGUUUCUACUAAAGAAGUGGUUCCUAUGAAAACUUUUCACAGUAAAAGUCUGUGGAUUAUCCAGAGUAGCAUGGAUGCUGUUUUCGGGUGGAGACAGAAAUCCCAGAGUGAUAGCGCACAACAAGAAAAACAAAACUAAAACAAAAGUAUCUGCAUGGAUAGACAGCUCAAGUUGAAAUAUUGCCUUGGAUGUAAAUGACCCAUUGCAACCAACCUGACCUCAGAGCACUAGCCAUGUGGUAGUGGAUGACAGAGUGCCGACCCAAGUCCACAAGAGUUGGAGCCUAGCCUGACCCGAGCAUUAGAGAGUAGUAACCCAGCCCGAUUCAAACCCAACAGGCGUUCUGUUUUGUUAACGUCCAAACCCGACCUCAGCCCAAGAGUAGUAACCGAGUCGGACCCAGACCCAUCAGACAUUCUGUUUUUUAAUGUCCAACCCUAGUCCUACACAGUUAAGGCAAGCACUGUCCUCCGAUAUUGCUUGAGGCAAAAUAUGAAGGACCAAGUCAAGUAGGCCGAAACCGAACAUUAUUUGUGAAUAUUUGUCCAACCCGGGCUUGGCCCAUCAGGUCCCAUCAAGCUCGGGUCAGGCAUCCACACUCCAGUGGAUAAGUAUUACAAUUGUCUUGGUCUUGCAUUCAGAAGUCAUGUAUGAUCCCUCCGUCACAAUCGGGAAUCUCUUAUUGGACAUUAAAGUUUCUACCUCUCUAUUCAUGAACAAAUCCACUAAAUCCUUUAUUGUGAGAUACAAUAGGAUCAGUUCUAAUUAUUGGACCAUGAACAUAAAUUACUGAACGAAUGAAUGAAUGAAUCACAAAUAAUAUCCAUUGUUACUGUAGUGCGUUUUUGUACGUCAGAGAUCAUGCUACCUUUUUUUACGUUCUGGAGACAGUAUUUGAUGUGUGUCUUAUUUAUGUAGAAGAGUACUGGAACAACCAAACUGAGUUGUGUGACAAAACAACAUUGGACAUGUAUGUAUGCAUAGCUUUAAUGCUUCAAAAAGAUUUCUGUGGUGUUAGCUCACAUACAG